AUGGAACAAAUACUUCUAAUUUGGUUAUUUUUUCUGGUUGUAAAGAAUAAUUAGUAACAUGGCAAAAAUAGACCGCUCAAGCUUCACUGAGAACAAAAGGACAAUGAGUGGCUCAACUUCAGACAUGAUCAGUAAUCUCCCGUGCAAUGUACUUGAAAAAAUCUUAACGUGUCUGAGGUUACAUGCUGCAGUGAGGACAAGUGUUUUGUCAAAGAAGUGGAGGCAUAUCUGGACUUCGCUUCUCCAACUUGUAUUUGAUGAUAUGUUCUACAAAGAAUGUACGAUGGCAACAAGGAACAACCUUAUGAUGACUAUUUAUCAAGUUUUGCUACAACAUCAUGGACCAAUACUCAAGUUCACAGUCUCUUUAAAGGCGCUGGAAAGCUGUUCACUGAUCGAUCAGUUGAUAGAUUUUGUGUCAAAAAAUGGCAUCCAAGAAUUGACCCUACACUUUUACCAAGCUGGACCUUAUAAAUUACCGUCAUCACUAUUUUCUUGUCGAGGUAUUACAUGUUUGGAUCUCACUUCUUGUGUGUUUCAACCUCCACCCGGGUUUAAAGGAUUUAGCAGGUUCCUUUCCCUGAAGCUUGAUAAAGUUGUCAUUGCUGGUGACACACUUUCAAGUUUGAUUUCCGCUUGCCCGCUACUGGAACGGCUAACGAUUCAAAGCUCCACUAGGUUGUGUUACCUGGAAAUUGUCGCUCUUAAUCUGAGAUUUGCCCAGUUUGUAGGCCUUUUCAGUUCUGUUUGUUUCAAAAGUACUCCUCAUCUUGCAAAACUAUCAAUUCAUUUGUUACCGUCCUUCUGGAACUUAGUACUAUCAGAGAAACGAGUACCAUGUAAGCCACUCAUGCUUACUGGAACUUUUCCUGUCUUUGAGCUUCUGGAACUGGACUACUAUCAUCUCAAGGCCAUGGCUGCAGGUGGUGUACCACCAAAUAGACAUCCGAAUACAUUGACCAAUCUCAAAAUUCUGAAGUUGUAUCUUAUUUGUUUUGGGAAAGUAGAUGAGAUCUCUAUGGUUCUAUGCUUAAUUAGAAGCUGCCCAAACUUGGAAAAAAUUCAACUUAAGAUAAGCAUGUCCAGGUGAAACUGUAGCUCUUGAUCCUGUUCUAGAACCUUUAGAAGUGCAAGGCUGGUCGGAUAUCUCAUUAAAUCAACUUCGAGAAGUUGAGAUACACGGGGUAUCUGGCACGAGGCCUGAGUUGGAUUUCAUAAAACUUAUAUUAGCCAAAUCACCUAUUCUGGAGAGACUGCUUAUCAAGUUGGAGUCAAACGAGGUUUUUGAAGAAUUGAGGAUUUUGAAAAAGUUGAUAGGAUUCAAACGCUUGUCACCUGAAGCAGUAAUUAUGUUCAGAAAUAGAAAUGAAGUACUACGUUUCUGUGAUGGGUUUGAGUGAGGCAGGGAGAUGACCUUUCUGGCGUUUGAUGUCUACGGGGUCCGAGUUAUAAGAACUGCAAAUGACUUUGUAUCGCUGGAUGAAUAUCUUUUGUAAUUUCGUGUUUUUUCUUUGUGGGUUAGUUUUGUUUUGGUUGCUUUGUACAUACAUGGCUGGAUGUUUGGUUCCCUCUUGUUUUGGAAGCUCUUGGCUUGUGAAACUAUGACGAUAUUCAAAAUGGUUAUGCUAACCAUCGCUCAUUAGGUGUUGGUUUUGAGACA